AAUAACUCCACUAAUUACCUGUAUAUCACAUUCUUGAUGCUAUUCAUGCUUCAAUAACAAUACUUCAAAUUUAACAAUUUACCAAAUUCACCAAAUCAUUCCCGCGCUUAAAUCUGAUAUGCAUAUCAUGUGAUAAGGGGAUUUUUUUAACUUAGUUAAAUAUAGAAAGGAAUGCUUACUCAAUCGAACAACCGAAGCAUAGCAGUUAACAAAGCCAUGUGCAGUAAGUCAUUUAGUGGGGACAUUUAAAACAUGCGCUUCAUUAUAAUCGUUAUGGGACAAUAUAUGUGUAUGGUACAUAUAAUUGAGUGAUUCCUACCUGCACUUUGUUCUAGAGUAAGGCAUGAGUACUGCAAAAAAAUAAGCUAGAAAAAUCUGUAUUCGUAAUCAUAAACCUCAAAUGGCUGAAGCACGAAUGGAGUAUAAACAAAUAUUGGACAUCCUCCUAAAUAUUCGAGGGAAGGUGGACACUAUUGAAAAGGAGGUGCAUUUACAGAACAAGCAGCAUGUGGAUAGUAUCAGGAAAAUAAAUGAGAGACAAGACUGUAUAGAGAGAAAGCUGGAGGAAAUAAAAAUGCCAGGUGUGUGUUCUAACGCAAACAGAAGCCUGCAUCCAACAGAACAUUGCCAAAGUAAAACUGAAACUUUAAACAGAUCACCGCCUAUGCCAACAAAAGGAAAGUCAUCUAGUGAACACAUGUCUGCAUGGGGGAAAGAUAACUUUAUCAAUCAGGUACGGGCAGAAAUUCACCAGCUGGGAGGUAACAAGGAGAUUAAAACAGGACUGACCAAGUCGGCGUCCUUCAAUGAUCCAUCUACAAAACCGUUGAAAAAACCUGUGAGAAAUGUUGUUUCAGAUCCACUUCCUAAAGAUGCAAAAGAAAAGUAUGAGCAGUUUCAGCGAGAAUGUCUCUCAAAGGCAAUACAAUGGAAUAUGUGUGGUAUAAUUGAAAGUUGCAAAGCCCACAAGAAAAUAACAUUGCCUGAAUGGAUCAAGCCUGAUGAUGCUAGACGUAUUAAUUACAAUAAUAGGCGAAAGAAGAAUAACUUAAGAAAAUUUCUAUGCUUGCUGGUAGAACAAGAUUUCGACAUUAUGCAGAACUGGUUGUGUACAUACGAAGAACUUUCUCAAGAUAUUCAAGAAAAUGUAUGGAGAACAUUCGGGGAAUUUUUUUACCUUGACCCAAUUAAAACAAAAUUAUGCUGCCUAAGAUGCAGACUUGUAGCGAAUACAUGUGUAACAAAUGCAGCUGAUCAGUUAAAGAGUGCAGAUAUAUUGUCCGAUGAACUUUAUAAUCAAGUUAUAGAUACAGACAAGAAAGCAGGCUGCCAGGAAAAUCUAUGGGCACAAGUGAUUCAAGAAUGUUUGGAAUACGGGAGAAUGCAAAAUGUUAUAUGCGUAUUUAAAGUUGUAUUUUCUGAGCUUGUUACAAACACGCAAGGAAGAGAGAAGAUGGAAUAUCAAGCCAUUUUGGAAGAUAUUGAUCGUUAUGAUGGAACGGUAGACGAUGUACUUUACUGUCAAUGCCAUGAGCUGUGUCUAAAGUCACUACAUCCUCUCUCGUGCGUAAAAACCUACUCAGCUGUUGCCAUGUAUAUGCCCCCACCUGCUACAAGAAAACAUAAGCAGUAUGAACAUCAGACACACACCACUGAAAGGCCAAAAGAGCAGCUCUCAACAAUCGAAGACAUAUCUGGAUCAUUUGCAAGCAGAUAUCCACAAGGGGGCACUGGACAGUUAAGGAAAGAUCCAUUGGAUAGUACAACAACGUCUGAAUCGUCGAUAUCUUCCCAAAGCUCCGAAUCCAAUGCCAGCAUUAACUGUCCGGGUAGUGGAGAAUGCUCUACAGAAGAUGAUAGGGUACGAAAUAAACCAAUAACUGCGGUUACACGUUCAUCAGUUCAGGAACACAAGCAUACAGUUCAAAGACAAACUGCGGUUACACGUUCAUCAGUUCAGGAACACAAGCAUAUAGUUCAAAGACAAAGGAGCAGGUCCUCCAAAAAGCGACAAAAUCUAGAAGAAAAACGUCAAAAAGAAGCUACAGUCAGUAUUGAGAACAUAGAAGAUAAUAAGCCAAAUGCAAACAAGGUCACGUUUCCAGCGACUUGUUGGACUGAUUUAAAGGGCCGUAAAAGUGUACAAAUAACCACGAAUAACUUCUACCAGAAAAUAGAAAACAAACCACAUCACAUACGUGCAAGUAAUGUCUUUGUAAAAAGUGUAAUUCAAAAGCACGGGCAAGAUUCCGAUGACAAUGAUGAAUUUACUGUCUAAAUGUAGUUAUUAGUUUCUCCAUUACAACUGCUGUUACAACUCCAGCAGCACAACAGAUGUAAUGUCCGACUCUCCAAUGAACAUAAUAACUAAAUAAUACAUGAAAACUGGGACCAAUAACAAAUAAUACUACUCCCAGAUGAAAAUGAAAACGAGUUAAAAUACAAUCAAAAUGUAAAGGUAGAUAACAAAUGCUUUUUGUUUUGGAAUUUAAAACGUUUUCUUAUUUUCGGUAUCAAAAGAAAAAUGAUAUAAAAUACCUCCUUCAAAGUCACGAGGUUUUAAUUCAGCAAUCGGGCCAAUGAGUCAUAAUAUGAUAGUUUUAUCACAUAUCAGCAUAUUAUGAGUGCAAUUAAUUGUUUCAUAAAAAAUCUUUUAAGUUUUUAAGAGACACAACUAUACUAUAUUUCUAUGACACAAGCUAUACUAUGGGUUUAGCGGUGGCUACUAUUUUGUUAUUUAUACACUGACCUAAGUGGUUGAUAAGUUAUUUCAUGAAUUAUAAUCAUAUAUCAAACUUUAAAAUUUGUUUUGUCUCAUAAAUUAUAUUUAUUUGCAAAGGUUUACAGAAAUAUGUCCAUAUUUAUGAUCUCAUGAAGUGAUUUAGUGGUAUCUAAAUGCAACAAAUUCAAUGCUGUGUAGAAAUGUUAACCAUGACAUAUUUUUUGUUUUCAAUUAAAAUAAAAUUUAAAUUAAAAUCAUUAUAAAAGUGUUUUUCAUGAAAUAUAUGUGAAACAUUAAUUUAUAUUCACAUACAGAUAUAAAGCCAUUUAUUGUUUGAUCAAAUAAUAUUUGUUUCAAGUCAACUUAGUUGUAAAAAUAAAUUUUAUAGUGUAGUAUAAAGGCUUGAUACUCCACUAUUGUGUUCAAACUCUUUGUUUUAUUGCCAUGAUUAUAUCAGCAUUAUAUUUAAAUUUGUUGUGUGAUAUUAAAGUCUAAUUUUGAAAACAUAUCAUGUAUUAAAUUAAGUAUUUUGUCUCCCUGAGGUAUGUACAUUUACCUGUUCACUUACAUUAAACUAUCUUAGGAAUGUGGGAUCCCAUACAGUGUGGUUACUGGUAAACAAUUCACCUACAUUAAACAAUCUUAGGAAUGUGGGAUCCCAUACAGUGUGGUUACUGGUAAACAACUACUGAUAUUGACAGGGACCUAUGUUCAUACAUGUCCAUUAAAAUUCAUAGUUUAAUGAACAAAUUAUAUUGUUAUGUUUAAGUACUAGUUUUUCUUACACAUUCCAAUGGAUGAAAAAUAAUAUUUAGUAAUAUUUACAUGUUUAUUUAAUAUAAUAAAUGCAUUGAAUCUCUGUAUGUAUUUCCUUGCACAUUUAAAACAAAAGCAUUGACCAUUUGAUAAAUAUUUUAAAUAUUACUGAAAAUGUUAUCCCCUGCAGUGAACGUUUUUGCUCUGUGUAUAAGCUACAGCACAGUGGUGCGAAUGCCGAAGCAUGUCUCAGGUUGUUGUUUUUUUUCAGUUGAAGAAGGUAUUCAAGACAUUUUUAAGUUAUGGGCCUUUCAACAAAUGUACCUAUUGUCAGUGGCAAAAAGGUAAACAAAGUUUCAUGUGGAAUUAACAUUUUUUCAGUAAUUUCCAAGGAUGAAGUUUUUGUAUGACGAUCACAAUACCUCAAUUACUAGACUUACUGAAAAUGAUAGAGAGCUAAAGCUCAAAUAAACUUUUUUAAAGACAUACAAAUCUAAUGCAACAUGCAUUGAAAGUGUUUGAAAGAAUUCUUUAUAACAUGUUAUUGUUGUAUGUGACAUUGCAACAUCUUUUCCAAAUAUCUAACAAUUAAAUGCAACCUAUAACUAAAGAUUGCUUAUUAUGUCUCCCCCAUUAUUUGGUCCUAGGUGAGAAAAAAAGUAUAUGAUAUACUUUUGGACUUGAGACCAACAUAUGGGUCAUCAACUGGUCACUUCAAGGUCACUGUGACCUUGACAUUUGACCUUUACCUUUGAUAUACUGGCAUCAAAAUCAAAAUGCAUGACCUAUUGGUAUAUAAAGUAUAAAGUGCCUGGGUGCAAGCGUUCUGUAGUUAUUCUGCGGAAAAUAUUUUUCAGCUAAAAGAUCAUCGCUGACAUAUUGAUUUUCACCUGAUGGUCACCGCGACCUUGACAUUUGACCUUCUGAUACCUAAAUCAAUAGGGGUCAUCAUAUAGUCAUAACCAUCUGGCAUACUUAGUAUGAAGUUCCAGUGUUCUUUUGUUAUUCAGAGGAAACUGUAUUUUUUUCACCACAAGGUCACCAUGACCUUAAACUUUUGACCUACUAACGCAAAAUAAAUAGGGGUCAUCAUGACCAACUGCAUAACAAAUAUGAAGUUCUGAAAUCCAUAGGAUCUUUUUUUAUAGAGCAGAAACAGUUUUAUCAACUCAAGGUCACUGCGACCUUAACCUUUGACAUUUUGAUCUCAAAAUCAAUAGGAUCAUCUACUGGUUAUGACCAACUUGUUUACAAAGUAUAAAAUUCCUGGGUUCAAGUGUUCUACAGUUAUUGAGCGGAAACAAAGUGUAAAAUACAGAUUGAUGGUCAUAGCAUAAACAAUGUCUCCCCAAUAAGGGGUGGGGAGACAUAAUUCUGAGCCCAAAUGCAGCUUAUUCUCAAAACUAAUUAUAGGCAGAGGCAAUACGUUAGGCAGAGCUUUCUUAAAGGUGCAUUAAAUAGGUUGAUGUAUAAGUACUUAUCUAAUUUUUUAUGCAUUAUUAUAUAAAACUGAUCAGACUUAAUGAUCAAAAUAAAAAAUAAAUUGUGUUAAGAUAAAAAAAAAAUACUAGUGAUAUUUGGGCAUUUUUAACAGGGGAAUUUGUUGCCAUGUAGCUAUGAAUUGGAAAAACUAAUAUAUUUAUAGUUUAUCAGUACACACAUCAUAUACCUUUUUUGUUUUGGUCAUAAAAAUAAUAAUGCAUUAAAAUAAAAAAUAACUAGAACUGUAAGCCAAAGGCUAACGAAUACCCCCCAACCCUUCCCUGUCUAGGUUGUUUGCCCUGGCCUUAGUUAUGGUAUCAUUAGAAAGCACAAGGCAAUAAUACAGGUGCACAAAAUCACAUAUACAAAGGUUCACAUCAUGGUGAUGGAUAGCUGAAAGUUUGAGAAAAAUAUAUUGAAAAAUGACAAAGGAGUAGGCCACCAAAGCGAAUAUUGUAACAAAUUUAAGGCCUGUAUGCACCUAACUUCAGGACUUUUGAUGGUCUUUUUAAGGACAAAAUCAAUUAAAGGUCUUUUUAAGGCCAUGCAAACAUUCUGAUUAAUACAGGUGCACCAAAUCACAUAUUCAACAGUUCAUAUCAUGGUCAUUGACAUCUGAAAGUUUGAAAAAGAUUUAUAGAAAAAAUGAGAAAAAAUGACCAAGGAUUAGGCUAGACAAAGCUGUAUAAUUUUUGCCUAUUUUAACUUAUUCAGGGGCCAUAAUUGGAGACAUGAUCAUGUGAUUCCAACCACAAUCACAGGGGCAAAUGUUCUCACCAUGGCUAAAAGUUUGAAAAAGAUUCAUUCAAAAAUGACGAAGGAGUAGGACGAACAAAACUAAUUUUACCCAAUUUAACUCAUUAAGGGGCCACAACUCCACUCAGGAUCAUGUGACUCCCACCAAAUUCAUGGAGGCAAAGGUUUACAUCAUGGCCAUUAAUAUUUGAAAGUUUGAAAAAGAUUUGCUCAAUAGCUUCAAAGAAGAAUCCUGGACAAAGCUAAUUUUGCCCAAUUUAACUCAUUAAGGGGCCACAACUCCACUCAGGAUCAUGCGACUCUGACCAAAUCCACGGAGGCACAGGUUUACAUCAUGGUCAUUAAUAUUUGAAAGUUUGAAAAAGAUUUGUUCAAUAACGACAAAGAUGAAUCCCGGACAAAAAAAAAACGGACGGACAGACGGACGGACAACCCGAUUCCAGUAUACCCCCCCAAACUUUGUUUUGGGGGGUAUAAAAAUAAUUGCUAGAUUUUCAUCUAUAACUACUUUUUAAUGGGGGCAGGGCUGACAUUUGUUUUCAUAGAUGAUUGUUUCACCCUUGGAUAUGUGUUCAAACCCUUUCUAAUUGCUUAAGGGACCAUAUACAUGUGUUUCUGGACAAACCAAUAACACCAUCAUAACAAAUCACCUUUUUUCAGAUGAAUGUUUACAUCAACACAAUCUGGUAUGAAUAAACACCUGUUCCUGACAGUAAUACACAAAUACAGAACCUAGUUCAACAUUUUUUAUUUUAGGUCAAUCAAAUUAAAAUGACAGCAAAAAAACUUGAGGCAGGCAGGGAUAAAAUAUAGCAAUUAAUUUAUAGUCCCCUUAAGACAGUGCAAUAGUACAUGAUUUUUGGCACUGGUCUUGCAUUUGUCUGAAUCACUGCAUUCAAAUAUAAGAUAUAAACAAAG